AUGCCUGGUCCUGAUGGGCCCAUUGCCAUCCGCAUCAUGCUUCGGUCCGCGCAGUCCACUCGCACGGGAGGCCGACAAGUUUUUGAGCAAAUGAGAGGUCCUGGCUUUGGCGCAUUCCAACCUAGUGGCUACUCUGGUACUGGCUUUCCUGGGUCUGGAUUUGGCUAUCAUACCAUCAACAGCUACGGCAACCUUGAAACGAUCCCACCCCACAGGUCCAAGCGCGGAAUUGUCUACAAGGCCGGUCGUGUCAUUCAAGGCAAGCACUAUGACAGCUUCCCGGCUCAGGCAGUUCGGGACCUUAUCUUCAGCAACGGUGUGCAGUCGACAUUGUUCCUCGAGACAGGAUGGCUCCGAGUUGGGCAUGUUGAUGAGUUUGUUCAGUUCGUCCCGUACGACAAUGAUUUGGGCUUCACUAUUGCUAUUCCCACCCCUGAUCUCGCGAUUAAUCUUUUUCUAGAAGCUCAAGAAGCUGGUUAUGGAGAGGCAAUGGUUAUCAGUUUCGACGCCCAGCCGCAAAUUGACCGGUUCAAAGUGGACAUGCCGCUGUAUCUGAACCUCACCAUCAACGACGUCUUAGCCAACGCCACAUUUAUGGAGAUCAAUGCAUACGCCCAGAAGUGGAUCAACCAUAAUCUCGAUAUCCUUCUCUCUGAGAUACCACUUGAUCGCGACGACGUCAUACACGUACCCGGCCUGUUUCGCGAUCGGUCCGGGGGUGGAGUCUAUGUCAAUUCUGACGGCCUAGACUUUUACUGGCCUCCUGUUUUGAAAGAUGAACACCAACUUGGAGCUUUUCUUCCGGGUGCAAUCAACGGUAUGGUGGUCGGUGACCAAUACUUGAGUCCGAACCCCUUUAGGCCUGUGAUUAGCGGCGAAGACAUUCUAGCGAAAGCCGGAUGA